AUGAGUACGUCACUUGGACAACGUAAACUAGAAAAACUUGAAAAAGGCAAAGAAAAAGGUAAAGCUGGUGGUAAAGGUAUAAAAGCAAUUUCACCUAUUCUUGAUGGACCAACUGAAUCUGAUACAAGUCGACCACUUGAUUCUGAAGAAAUUCAAGCAUUAGCUAUACGACUUGAUGAACUUGAAAAAUUACGUCAAGAUAAAAAAUCCAUUGAAGAACAUCAACAACAAAAAUCAUUUAUUGUUAAAAAAACUAAAACUGGUCCACAAAAACAACCAAUACAAGUAGCAAAAAUUGCACCACAACAACCAGUACAAGAACAAUUAAUUAGUUCAGGAAUAAGAUUUGAUUCAUCGGGUAAUUUACUUCCAUAUAGUAUUCUUGGAACAGUUAAUGAUUAUGUUACUGAAUUACCAGAUGUUGAAGCUGCUGAACUUUGUACAACGGAUAAAGAUAAAAAAACUGCUGAAGAUAUUCCAGAAGUUGGUACAUAUGAUAAAAAAUCUAAACGACGAACUGGUAGUCCUGAUGGUGGUGGACGUUCAUUACAAAAUUGGAAAUUUCGUAUGGAUGAAAGACAACAAGUGAUGAAAAAUAUGUCAAAAGGAUUAAAACGAUCACCAGCUACUUUAUUAAUGAAUCAAACAGAUCGUUGGCGUGAACGUAAAGAACUUCUUGAAUUAAUGGAUGCAACAUUACCAUUAUUACAAAAUGGAAAAAAUUGGCGUUUACAUAGUGAAUUUUGGACACAACAACAACUUAUUGGAGAUGAUGAUACAGGAAUACAUACUACAUUAACACGUACAGAAACUGGUUGUCCACCACCAUUUGAAACUAUUGGUAAACCAAAUGUUGGUCUUCUUGAAACUGGUAUAAAUUUAACUAAUAGAACUUCUCAAAUAUUAAAUAAACGAGAAUGGUUUAAUUCUGAAUAUUUGGAAAAACGACUUAAUCAAUUAAAUCCAUAUAUGAAAGAAAUAGUUCCACAUAAAGCUGAUCUAUCAUCAUUAGAAAUAAUUGGUUAUAAUACAACAAGACGUAAAAGUCAACAAAAAAAUAAUAUUGAAAUUCAUCUUUGUGAAAAAAUUAAUGAUAAAGAUAAAGAUAAAGAAUAUGAAACAGAAAUUACAGAUAAUAUUCAAUUAAAUGAUGAUGAUAAAGAAAAUGAAAAUAUUGGUGAUACAUUUAAUGAUAUACCAGAUAUUGUUGAUGCACCAAUAAUGGGUCCAGCUUUAAAAAUUGAUACAUUUAUAUUUCAACAAAUGCCAAAUGUAAAUGAAAAUGAAGAACUUGAUUUUAUCUAUGAAAUUCGUGUUCAAUUUGAUAGUCAAGUUAAUGAAAAUGUAACACGUAUGGUUGAAAUAAAAAAUGUUGGAACAACAGUUUUUUAUUAUGAAUGGCAACAAAAACCAUAUACAAAACCAUUUGAUAUUGUCAAUUCAAAAACUCAACGAUUCUAUUUUGAUAAUCGUACAAGUUCAAUAUUACCAAAUGAUACUCUCAAACUUUCAUUUGUAUUUAAAUCAAGUGAACCAGGAAUUUUUACUGAACGUUGGCAAUUAUUAACACGUCCUGUUCUUUGUGGUGGUCGACCAAUUAUUUUUACAUUACGUGGAGUAACAAUGGAAGAAGAUAUUCAUCGACAAACACGUGUUAAUAUUGAAAAAAUGCUUCUUCAUAAAGAAGCUGAAAGUAUUGUUCGAAAAAUUGUUUCGAAUAUACUUGAUAAUGUUCGAACACCUGAACGAAUACAUUCACCUGUUGGUUUCUAUAUGACUGAACAAGAACAAUUUCAACAAAAUAAUCCUGAUCUUUAUUAUGAUUAUGAAAUAGUUGAACAAAUAAAAAAAUUAUAUGAACAAAUUGUACAAGAAUAUGAAGAACAAAAAUGGGAUUUAUCAAUUGAUACAUUACGUAAUAAAAUUUUAUCAUUUGAUGAAGAUAAUCCAAAUAAACAAAUAUAUCUUGAACAACUUAAUCAAGCUAUUCAUCAAUUGACACUUCAACCAAUAUUACCAUCUGAACAAACAACUUAUUUAGUUUGUUAUGAUAUUGUAAAUCAAUUUAUUGAUUCAUUUGUUGAUACUAUGAUUAUUGUUCAUCAAAAACUUCAAAUUGAUGAACCAUCAAGUGAAUCUUAUCCAGAUAUUGAUUUAUAUGGUUAUGAAUUUGAAUCAUGGAAAAAAUUUUUUGAAUAUACAAAACAACAAGAAAAUGAAAAACGUAUCAAAAGUGCGGCUGGUGGUGCAAGUAAAGAUAAAAAGGGACCACCACCUUCUAAAUUAGAAAGAGGAAAAUCACCAAAAAGAUCUCCAGCUCCAUCUCAAGCUCCAUCAGCUGUUGGUAAACGUGGAGCAGUUAGUGGUACUGCUUCUCAAAUGAGUAAACGAUCAUCAUUUAUAAGUCCAGCUAAACCAGAUAAAGAACAUAUUCAAUUAACAUCAGAACAAUUAGAUCAACGUUACAAAAUAAAUCAAGAAGCAUAUUUACCAAUAUAUACUUUAUUAUGUCAUACACUUGAUCAUUUAGAACAAGCAUUAGAUGAUUUAUCAGAAAAAUCUCUAUCAAAUAAUGAAAAUACACUUUAUACACAAUUAGCAACAACAAUACAAAAUCAAUCAUUAAAUGUACUUGAUAUACUUAAAGAUGAAUUAACACGUAAUGUAACAUCAAUGGAUGUAAACAGUUUUUUUUAA